AUGCAGAAAGUCUUUCUAGAAAUAAUGAAAGGGAAGAAAUAUAAAAAUACAAGAAAUCUAGAAAUAGAAAGGGAACAUACAGGCCAUAGUCUGGUCCCUUCGUUUUACAGAUAAGAAAGCUGGACCCAGAGAAAUUAGCUAAUACCUUUAUACCUUAGACAGAAAACCAGUAAAGAUGAAAUGGUAAUUCCGGAGGGAUAAGGAUCAAGGAAGAGUUUCUGUCUCCAAAGAAGAGUCCAUUUAAAUCCUCAUUUCUCAUUUAAGACCUGGCCUCCUUCCUCUGGUACCAUGAGACUUGGUCUUGAAAUUAUUUUCAAAGAAAGACCAUAUUAUCCACUGAAACCCGUGACUGUGAUGGCUCACUUGCUAAAGAAAAUGUAAUGUCAUUGGUUUGAGCAAGGAAAGAGAAAUCUGUCUAGACGCUUUUUUAUUCUUAUAGGAAUUCUGUAGUCUUGAAACCUGGAAGACAGGAAGGAUUGCUCAUACUAAAUUUGAAAUGCAUCACUAUAAUAAUCUUGAUAAUACUCCUCCCUGUCCCAUUUUGGAGAUAACAAAUAACCCCAAGGUAACUAUCCACCUACAGAAAUGGACACAGUAGGGUAAAGGCAUUCAUUAAAAAAAAAAAAAAUCACCCAAUUAUGAAUAAUUCAUGAUGAGCUGGCAAACACCAGUUUGCUAUGGGUAGCUAGGUUCGUCGAGGAACACCCUGAUAAUGUGUAUAUAAAGACAAACUCAACUGUUCGAACCGGACAUUUGCCAUCAGAGCUUCACUCCAGGAACAAGCUCUGCGGGUCUGGACAUCAUGUCUAUGCGCUUUUCUUCUGCAUCCAGACGGCUUGGCUCCAGCGGGGGAGCAGGUUUUGGGGCUGGAAAUGCAUGUGGUGUGCCGGGCAUUGGAAGUGGCUUCUCUUGCGCUUUUGGGGGCAGCUCAUCUGCAGGAGGCUAUGGCGGGGUGUUGGGUGGAGGAAGUGCUUCUUGCGCUGCCUUCACCGGAAAUGAACACGGCCUCCUGUCGGGCAACGAGAAGGUGACCAUGCAGAACCUGAACGACCGCCUGGCCUCCUACCUGGAAAAUGUGCGAGCACUAGAGGAGGCCAACGCUGACCUGGAGCAGAAGAUCAAGGGCUGGUACGAGAAAUUCGGGCCUGGUUCUUGCCGUGGUCUUGAUCAUGAUUACAGUAGAUACUUCCCAAUAAUUGAUGACCUUAGGAACCAGAUCAUUUCUGCAACUACCAGCAAUGCCAAUGUUAUCCUGCAAAAUGAUAAUGCAAGACUAACAGCUGAUGACUUCAGGCUAAAGUUUGAAAAUGAACAGGCCCUUCACCAGAGCGUUGAUGCGGAUGUCAGCGGUUUGCGCAGGGUCCUGGACGAGCUGACUCUGUGCAGAACCGACCUAGAGAUCCAGCUGGAAACCCUGAGCGAGGAGCUGGCUUACCUCAAGAAGAAUCAUGAGGAGGAAAUGAAGGCGCUGCAGUGCGCGGCCGGCGGGAACGUGAACGUGGAGAUGAACGCGGCGCCUGGGGUGGACCUCACGGUCCUGCUGAACAACAUGCGGGCGGAGUACGAAGCCCUGGCCGAGCAGAACCGCAGGGACGCGGAGGCCUGGUUCAAUGAGAAGAGCGCCUCCCUGCAGCAGCAGAUCUCCGACGACGCUGGUGCCACCACCUCUGCUCGGAAUGAGCUGACCGAGAUGAAACGUACUCUUCAAACCCUGGAGAUCGAACUCCAGUCCCUCUUGGCAAUGAAACACUCCCUGGAGUGCUCCCUGACUGAGACGGAAGGCAACUACUGUGCGCAGCUCGCCCAGAUCCAGGCUCAGAUCGGGGCCCUGGAGGAGCAGCUGCACCAGGUCAGAACUGAGACGGAGGGCCAGAAGCUGGAGUACGAGCAGCUCCUCGACAUCAAGGUCCACCUGGAAAAGGAAAUUGAGACCUACUGCCGCCUGAUUGAUGGAGAGGAUGGCUCUUGUGUUAAAUCAAAAGGCUACGGAGGACCAGGAAAUCAGAUAAAAGAGUCCUCUAAAACCACCAUGGUGAAAACAAUUGUUGAAGAAAUAGAUCCUCGUGGCAAAGUUCUCUCCUCCAGAGUUCACACUGUGGAAGAGAAAUCCACCAAAGCCAACAACGUGAAGAAUGAACAGAGGGUGCCUUCCUGAACUCCAGAAGAAGAGCCCCUAAAUUGAAAUACCAAACUGAAGCUAGGUUCCUGAAUAAAAGCUCCCUUAGUUUUUUGCUUUUCUUCCGAUGAAUUAAGACAAGCUAUUUGUCAAAUGGUAACAUUUCUUUGGCUUUCUCUAUGGUGGCAUGUCAAUAAAAG